UGCACUGGGCGGUGUAUUAUGGGGACAGAGGAGUGGGCGUGUCCUCCUCCUAAUAUGUGGAUAAUAGCGGGUGUAAAGUGGAUUUGAACUUGCAGCCAGCGCUGAGAGGUGGAAGAGGUCCGACCAGCAGACAUCUGCUGCUGCACAGAGUCAGAGCUCGUUCGGGAGGAAAAGUUUAAAGUCAGAAACACAAGACAAGUGGAUUUUUUUGGGACUUUCAGGAUUUACAAGAUUGUGUUGAGAUGAUUUCACGUGUUCACUUCACACUCCUGCUCUGCCUGGUGUGUGUGUGUUCAGCUCGUCCUCAACCAGAGUCGGCGCACUCAGUGAGGAUGAAGACGAACUCUCCUGCGACCGGCUCUCUGGCAGGCAGGGUGGUGCUGCCGUGCCACUUCAUAAUGCCGGUUUCUACCAGCACCUUCACGCACACUCCCUCACUCUCCACGCCUUCGCCUGGACGCCUCCUCCCUGGUGACGCUCCCCACGCCACCCCGAGUCCUGCGGAGGAGCUGAGGAUCAAGUGGACUAAGCUGGAGGGAGAGGGGGAGAAGGUGGUGCUGGUGGCCCAGGGUGGGGUGGUCAAGGUGGGGCAGGGCUACAAGAGCAGGGUGUCGGUGGCCAGCUACCCUCUGUCAGUCGGGGACGCCUCUCUGAUGAUAGUGCGGCUCAGGGCGAGCGACGCAGGGCUUUAUCGCUGUGAGGUCAUGCACGGGAUGGAGGAUACCCAAGACACCGUCAGCCUCAACGUCACUGGUGUGGUGUUCCACUACAGAGCUUCAACCAGCCGGUACACUCUGGACUUUCCUGCAGCCACGGAGGCGUGUCGCGCUGCAGGCGCCGCCAUUGCUACACCUGAUCAGCUGGCGGCUGCUUUUGAGGACGGCCUCGACCAAUGUGACGCAGGCUGGCUCGCCGACCAGUCGGUCAGAUAUCCAAUCACACUGCCCCGUCCUGGCUGCGCAGGCAAUCUGCUGAGCCGACCGGGAGUGAGGACUUACGGCAUCCGCGACCCCACCGAGAAAUACGACGUGUACUGCUACGUAGAUAAACUAGACGGCGAGGUCUUCUACCCUCCAUCCCUCAGAGAUAAACUCACCUUCCAGGAGGCCAGAGAGGAGUGCGAGAAGCACGAAGCCAUGUUGGCGUCACCUGGUCAGCUGUUCGCAGCCUGGAGGGCGGGACUGAACCGCUGCGACUACAGCUGGCUGUCCGACGGCAGCGCCCGCUACCCCGUCACCGUCCCCAGGCCUCAGUGUGGAGGAGGCCUGCUGGGCGUCCGCACGCUCUACAAGUUUGAAAACCAAACCGGUUUCCCGGACCCGACUGACAGGCACGGAGUCUUCUGCUUCAAGGCUAAACUACCAGAGCCCACUACCACGAGUCCACCGAUGACCCCAGCUGAGUACAAUCCCGACGGCCCUGCGUUCACUCCAACACCCGGACCCCUCUUAGACCCCGAAAGAGCUGAAAUUCAAGCAAGAACACCAGGUCUUGUUGCACAAUCACCAACGCAGAGACCACACACAGCCUCACCAGACCAACAUGGAGUCCCCCCCGCAGAGACGGACCACACCACUCCCGUGUUUGACUACGACGUUCAAGAUUUCCAAAACUCACACAGCGUAGAGUCGGUACCAGUUAGAGGAGACAUUUCGUUCCCCAUCCAGAUCCCUCCUUUACCCACCGCCCGCUCGCAGGCCCCACACCUUGACAUCUCCCAAGGGGGAGGCCCGUCGGGUUCAGGCCGAGGUGAGAGCAGCGGUAGCGGUGAGGCAGGCAGCAGCGAUGACGGCUCCAGUGGGGCUGAGGUGACCCCAACACACUGGGUGGAACCCACAUCAACACCAAGUUGGCCUCUCGAUACCACCACAGAGCAUCUAGAGAGCUCCUCUGCCCCUCCAGGACCGGGGCAGUGGAUGGAAACCACAACGAGACCGUCAGAGCUUCUGGAGAUCACUCCGGUAGUGGUUCACACCCCAGAACCAGGACACCCAGCCGGGCCCAGAGAGGACGGACCCGCUGUUGUUUUUAAAGAGGAUGUCACUCCUGGAACUGCGCUGACCUUUGACCUCGACCAAUCAGCGGCCGUUACUGUAGGCGGGGAGUCGUCAGGCAAACCCCCGUUUCAUCUCAUAAUCGUCAAUGUGCACGACCGGAAUCAGUCAGUUGACGAUAUCCUGGACAUCUUGAACCAGCCUUUGAACGGCAUCGGUGGCUCCCAUUCCCACAUCCCUCAGAUCACCGACUUUUCGCAGGUGACCAGCGAAGCCAUCCAGGGCAGCGGAGACGUCGAUCCUCUCAGCCUGCCUCCAACUGUCAGCUUUGUCAAUGGAAAACAUGAGGUGACCUUUGAGCCAAGGCUGUUAGAGGAAGCCAGAGGAGAUACAUUUGAGACAGCCACUCCUGUUCGGGUUGAUGAGGUGGACAAAGAAGAAGAGAAGGAGAACACAGAUGUAUACCCGGAUGUAGUUGCAGAUUCAAGGGUCUCUGAUGUCUCUACUGACUUAGAUGGAGACAAAACUCAAGAACCAGGUGAUCAGACAGCAACAAGAACCACCACCAUGACACCAUAUACACUCCCUGUCUCAUCUCCGGUAUCCACCACACCAUCAGGCCCGGUCGUCCCCGGUGUCUUCCACUCUGUCACCGAUGGGGUCUCCACUUACGAGGACAUUGAAGGCUCUGCGAGCUUUGGCACUGAUGACGAGGCCGGUGCUACCCAGGAGGGCUCUGCAGACGAUGCUCUGCCCACCCCGGCUUCAGGCAGUCAGUCCGGUGUGAUGACUGACGAGACUGAAAUCGGAGGGACGGAGCUUCCCACUUUUAUCCCAGACACACAGUCACGGGAAACCACCACAGAGACCCAGAUUGAAGACUGCGAAGGGUCUGCCUCUGGAGAAGACGAGGCUUCAGGACAAGAUGUUUACCCACCAGAGAUGCCCGAGUUUACAAGUACUCUACCACCAAUUUAUUCUACCCCUCACACCCAGCAGCCUCAACCUGCAGCAGGUACCGAAGUCGCAGAAGAGCCAGUAGUUGUACCCGCUGUUGACCCAGAAACAGGCUCAGGUGCAGAGCAGCUGUCCGGAGAGGGGGAGGUUUCUAGGGAACAGGGUGGUCUGGUUGAACUUCCUAGAGAGGUCACUGUUACUGUUUUACCAGAUGUGGCAGCUGUGAUUUUUGGAGACCAAACUACAUUCACCCCAGAAAUAACUUCAGAACCUAGCACGCCAAAAUACUCCACACACUACUCCCUUGCUUCCACAGCUGACAAGAAACAUCCCACCGAGCCGGUAUCCACAACCCCUGAAGACCCCUCAACUACCACAACUCCCACCGAGUACCGGACUGGGCAGUCCCCCACAACCUCCACACAGUCUGUAAGCCAUUCGCCCUUGUACACUUUCGACCAUAGCCCCAACUCCGUCCCCCAGUGGGCUCUGAUCCCGGACCCCUCUGCCACCUCUCUACCGGAGGAUGAUUCUGUGGACUACGACAAAGAGAUAGUCGGUCCCCUGCCUGAGUCGCUCCCGAGGAGACCAGAAGAGACCCUGGCUACAGAGCAACCAGAGAGCGGCACUGACCCAGCUUUCUCCGUGGAGGCCAGCACUGUGAAUGUCAGAGAUCUCUUGCCGUGCACGACCGACGUGUGUCACAACGGAGGCUCCUGCUACAAAAAAGGAGCCCAGAAUAUCUGCGUGUGUGCACCUGGAUACACCGGACAGCAUUGUGAAACAGAUGUUGAUGAGUGCCAGUCUAACCCGUGUCUGAAUGGAGCCACCUGCCUGGAUGGAGUCAACUCCUUCACCUGCCUCUGCCUGCCCAGCUACGCAGGAGAGCUCUGCGAACAAGACACUGAGGUUUGUGGCUUUGGCUGGCAAAAGUUUCAGUCUCACUGCUACAAGUACUUCACACACCGUCGAACCUGGGACGCUGCUGAGAGGGAGUGUCGGCUGCAGGGUGCCCAUCUGGCCAGCAUCCUGUCACAGGAGGAACAACUGUUUGUCAAUCGUCUGGGCAGCGACUACCAGUGGCUCGGCCUCAACGACAAGAUGUUUGAGAGAGACUUCAGAUGGACCGAUGGCAAGCCAAUGCAAUACGACCACUGGAGGCCGAACCAGCCGGACAGCUUCUUCCAGUCCGGAGAGGACUGUGUGGUGAUGAUCUGGCACGAGGGGGGCCAGUGGAAUGACGUGCCCUGCAACUAUCACCUGACAUUCACCUGCAAAAAGGGAACAGUCUCAUGUGGGCAGCCCCCUGUGGUGAAGGAUGCUCGUGUGUUCGGGGCCAUGAAGCCUCGCUACGAAAUGAACUCGCUGCUCCGGUAUCACUGUAAACCGGGCUUCAUCCAGAGAUACGCCCCCACCAUACGCUGCCGGGCCAACGGCCAAUGGGACGCUCCCAAAGUCACCUGCACAACCCCCGCAACCUACCACAGGUCCGUAUCUCUCCGGCACCGCAACAAUCAGAACAACGAGCAACAGAACCGACACUACAACAACCAUGUCCAUCACAGCUCGAGUCAUCAGAAACAGAACCAGGAGGAGCAGCAGCAGCAGAGCUACAGCCUCCUCCAGAACCUGUGGAAGUCCUUCCAGAGGGAGAAGAGGCAUCAGCAGGUCCAAACACACAACGAGGACCAGAUGAGACACUGAUUGGGUUUAGUGGUUUUUGUAAAUCAGCUUAGCGGUGGCGGCCAAACACAAGCAGGGCCGGCUCUGUCGGUCCAGAGGCAUCGAUAGACAGAGACACACUGAGCUGUCUGUCAAUGGCUCUCAACAGGAAGAGGGAACCCAGCACAUUGUCCAAAAACACUCCAGGAUCUGAACCGUAACACUAGUGAGAGUUUAGUUUCGUUUUAUAAAGUUAGUUCACGAGUCUGAGGAAGACUGGUGCCGUAAUGGCUUCACUGUGUGGGACUGAACACACUAAACCCUGACCUGAUAGAGGACCCGAACCCGGUCUCUGUCAUCGUGUUUUAAAGGUACCCUGUGGAGUUUUUUUUUUGUGAACAAAAGUUAUGUUUGCAUUAAUUGUUUCUAACCAAAUCACAUUUUUGUAGGGCAACCAGAAAAAAACAGUAAUUUUACCUCAGAGAACACAGGAGUUUCAGGGCCGCCGCUGCUUCAGAUGCUAAUAUUAGUUUGGAUUUGAAUUAAUGCGUUAAAACACCAAAGUCGAACAGGAACAAACAAACCGAUGGAGGCAGCUAUAAACCGACACUUCCUGUGUCCUGUGAGGUAAAAUUAUUGUUUUUAUCAAAGGUGUCUGGUGGCUUUGAAGACAUUUAACGACGUCAGAAAGGUCAAGAAUGACGUCCAACAUAUGUUGUGAUUUUUGUACCUUUCUCUCUAAUAUCGUUUCUGCUCUUCUCUUCCUGCCUUCCACCUCAAUUUCACGCGUCAUCAAAAUCACGUGACGAGGUAUCCGUACUCGUAAUGGGCGGUGCUUAAACCGGUGUGGGCGGUGCUUACUGGAGGUUAAUUUAAGCCUGAUAUCGAUACGGGUUGAUCAGAAGUUGCAGAACAGCCUUAGAAUUGAGCUUCAGAUCAACGUCAUUGAUCACAAGAGUAAGUGUACGUUAUCUGUACCGGAUACUCAAACCUCCCAGUGGUCACUAACUCCACACGGUGCCUUUAUUUUUUGGAAAAAUCUGGCACAUACAAGAUGAGCGUUGCAGCGUCAGUCUCACAGAAACACAUUACUCACUGAAGUUUAUGUUUUAUCCAGUAGUUUAGAGGAUUUAGAUAAUGUCAUUGAUAGUCUAUAAAGAGCAUGAGAUCAUCACUUUAAAUUAUUAUCAUCAGUUUGUCCAGUCUCAGUUCGUGCUGUUUGUUACAACCCAUUUUUACUGGUUGAUUCCCCGAUGUUGUCUGUUUGUCAAAUGUGAACCCACAAAUGUUGAGUACACCAAAGUUUCAUGUUGUUCAGUUUGGGUCCCCAGCAUUUGGAAACAUGCAUAUGUUGAGUAAUUAGCAUUAGAGUAAUCACCUAAUCAUGGGCUUGGCUGAUUAAGACAAUAUUUAAGUGGUUUUGGAGGUUAUUGAAGACGCUGAAUCCUCGGCCAUAUCGGUGAUUAUGCCGAUUAAUGCUAAUUAUGCAAAUCUGCUUGACAUAUAAAGUAUCAUCUUUCACUUUCUAUAAGCUGGGGACUCAUACUGUACAUUUCUAACAAUAAACUUUGGGUAACUCGACAUUUCCGGGUUUGCAUUGCUGGCAGGUCGACUAAUGUAGAUUUUUGUACAAAAUAUUUCAGCUUUGAAAAGGGUUUUUUAAAGGGGAGAUUUAAAGAGCGGCACACACGGAGCUGAAGAGGAGAUUAUUAUGAAUGUGUGGUGUGUGUAUGUGCUGUGGCUAUUAAUCAUAGGAUUUAUAAUAUAGAUACUAUAUGAAGCCAUAUGAAUUUAACUUAUUGUAUACUUUAAAACUAUGAAUGGACUGUGAUAUUAAAUAAAGGUCAUUGGAACUGAAGCAAUUCUGUUAAUGAUGACUUCUUGCUGUUUACAGAUUCUGUAAUGAAAAACAUCUUAUCAAGUAGUAAAUGCUCAUAUAUGUUAGCUGCACAUUGCUUUAGUUGGGGACUGCCCAUUGUUCCCACGCCCCUCGAGUCCAAAACCCCAAUAGUCCGAACAAUUGGACCCCAUUGGACCAAAACCCCAAUAGUCUGACAGCCUGUUCCAAAAACAAAAGCCAACUGGAGUUUCUUGCUCUUUAUGGUAACAAUAAGGUUUAGGUACCAAAGCUACUUGAUUAAAUGUAGGAAAAGAUCAAUAUUGCAAUCGUAACAAUUAACGCAAAUUCAACCAAUGUCUGUGAAUUUCCGCAGUUUUGUCCAAUCUUUGUUUUCACCAAUCACAACAGUCCCAAAACAUUACGUCACCAAAAUACUGCAGAUUGUUACCGGAACAAGUUGCCUCCAAUCUUUCAGGAUUUUUUGAGAAUUUUCACACAAUUUAAAUGCAAAAAAUGCCUAAAAACACUGCAAUUUUUUAAAAAGUUGCCUUGAAAUCAGGCAUUUUUGGCUGCAACGAUCCCAAAAAAACAUUAAAUCCUGGAGGGACUGAAUGGGCGUUUGUUUACGGGAUAACGGGCAGAUAAACAUUCCGAUACGGAUCUGAUUAACAAGCGUACACUACUAAACCUCUAUGAUUCCUAUCAUUGUUGUUUGAACUUCUUAAGAAGAGUGGGGUGAGUCAUGACUUUGCCAUCUUGGGAAAGAAAAUGGAGCACUGCGGGGAAGUAUCAGGGUCUCGUUUCGGGGCAAAGUAAUUAUGUGGUAUCAGAUUGGUGCACAGACACGAGUACUCACCGAUUCCUGUCCUGGUAUCAGAACAAUUCUACUCUCCGUCCAAUGGGACCUUUUUUGGACUAUCUGGGUGUCGGCGUAUCGGGCCGUCUAAGCGAACCUUAGCGUGGCACCCGUUUGUUGAGCAAUGUUAUCUUUUCAAGCUGUUGAUUUUCUUAUCGUGCUGUGACUCAAAAUCAACCUGACGAAUUCACCACCAAAAGGCUCCUGAUUGUUUUAAGUUAUCAAAGUGUUUUCAGCUGGAGGGACUGUGAGAUGUUGCUUUUUCUUCAGAUCUGGAAUCUGUGUUUUUAAUCCAACCAAUAAGGGAAUGUGAAAUAAUGUGCAUCGAGACAACUUCUACAUCCUCCACAAGAUUUUUUUAUGUGAUCUUUUUGCAUUCGACCUUCAUGUUCUUCAUACAUUUUCCUUUUUAUAUAUUGUUCUUCAAUGUAUAUGCAUUUUUUUUUAAGUAUUUUUCUACUCCACUUGGUUAAUGAGGUUCACUGUAUCUGUGGCACAAGAGCUUAUUUUUUAUGUAAUCAUUGUUUCUCCAUUUGAGUUGCUGUAAAAAUCCUCCUGGUUUCAAUGUCAUUGUCAUUGCUGUGUGUGCAAUAAUAGGAGCUAUUAUAACACAA